GAGAGAGAGAGAGAGAGAGAGAGAGAGAGAGAGAGAGAGAGAGUGUGUGUGUAAACGGACAGGGUCUCUACAAGCAUGUCUUCUACAUUUGAUUGCAGGCAUUGAGAGAGAGAGAGAGAGAGAGAGAGAGAGAGAGAAGGGAAGAAAUGACCAAGCAGUCCUUAUUUUCAGGGAAAUGCAACACAAUGAGCCUUAGUUGAGACGGAUUGAGCGAUUGCUGAGACCAGGACCAGCACAUUAAGUGUGUGUAGGUUCCAGAGCAGCUCUGUGCCCUUGCAUCGUCCAGUCUCCUGUAUGGGGAUUAUUGAUUGUGUCUGCUGAUUCCAGCAGCGUGGUCCUGUUCACUUUUGUAUCACGCUGCCAAGAAAGAAGGGACCAGCAUUUCAGAGGCACCGCUAGCCAUGCCAGGCAGGAAGUCAGAGCCAUCUACAGCUCCAGCCAAUCAGAGCCUGCGUUAGUCAGCUGUCCAAUCAGAGUGGAGGAUGGCGGUGGCACCAUUUGUUAGCGAGGGGAAGUGCGUUAGCGUAGAGUGGGACUUCUUGCAGGGGCUGCUGGUCAAAAACCCACCCGUUCCGUGCCUGCAGUCUCUGCGCAAGGAGAAAUCACGGAACGCCGCUCGCUCGCGCCGGGGAAAGGAAAAUUUUGAGUUCUUCGAAUUGGCCAAGAUGCUGCCCCUGCCCGGCGCCAUCACCAGCCAACUGGACAAGGCCUCUGUCAUCCGACUGAGCAUCAGCUACCUGCGCAUAAGAGACUUCUGCAGACAAGGAGAGCCACCCUGGAGCCCCCUGCUGGAGGGAGGACCACACAACAAGGCUGUGGGGAGGACGCAGAUGUCACCGGCCACCGAUCUCUUCGAGCAUCACCUGGGGGGACACCUGCUACAGUCGCUAGAUGGCUUCGCCUUUGUGGUCAGUCACGAGGGAAGAUUUCUCUACAUCUCGGAGACGGUGUCCAUCUACCUCGGUCUCUCACAGGUGGAGCUAACAGGCAGCAGUGUCUUUGACUACAUCCACCCAGCAGACCAUGUGGAGAUGGCUGAGCGACUAGGAAUGAGGUUGCACCGCAGGGGUGUGUCCCAGGCAACCAAUGAGAACACAUCCAGCUCGGCAUCCACCUCUUCAUUGGCUGAGACGCCAGAGCCAGAAGCCCCCAGCCCCCUCCCCCCAGAGGACUCCCCCUAUCGCAGCUUCUUCAUCCGGAUGAAAUCCACCCUCACAAAGCGGGGGCUGCACAUCAAAUCAUCCGGAUACAAGGUGAUUCAUGUGACAGGUAGGAUCCGUUGUCAGCCCACCCACAGCUCCGCCCCAGUGCAGCGUGAGCUGGGAUUGGUGGCCCUGGCUCACACGCUCCCGCCCUCCACUCUCAAUGAAGUGCGCAUGGAGAGUCACAUGUUCGUCUUUCGGGUCAACAUGGAUCUGCAGGUCAUCUACUGUGAGAACAGGAUUGCGGAGUACAUGGACCUGAGCCCAACAGAGGUGAUUGGGCAGAGCUGCUACCACUUCAUCCACGUGGAAGACGUGGACUCAAUCCGACAGAGCCACGAGGACUUGCUAGUGAAGGGUCAGGUGGUGACUGGGUAUUAUCGUUGGCUCCAGCGACGUGGUGGGUUCCUGUGGAUCCAGUCCUGUGCUACCAUCUCCUUCAACCACAAGUCUCCCCAAGACAGGAACAUCAUCUGGGUCAACUAUGUGCUCAGCCGGCCAGAGCUUCAGGACACUCCCCUGGACAUCCAGCAGCUGCCCAAGUCCUCUCGCCCCUCCAGAGAGACCCAGGCGACAGAUGACUGCCCACAAGAAGCCAAGGGUAAAGACACCACAACUCCCCAGAACUUGGACAGCGGCAAUGUGUCAAAGUUUAGAGCUGUGUACCCCCAAGACAGCCAAUCCGAGGAGAGGAGGAAGAGGAGCCGGCAGUGCGUCUCUGUGGAAGGUCCCCUAGAAACAAGGGCAAAGGGGAACCGGAGCCCUUUGUCCUCCGAACUAGAGAGCGAAAGUGAGAGUGAGAGGCAGGCAGAACCUCUGUCCAAGCACAUCAAAUUGGAGGAGAGGCAGCUGGAGUCUGGAGGCAGUGAGGAGGAGGAGGAGGAUGAAGAGGCAGGGAGGACCCCGAAUGGGUGUGCAGUGAUCCAGCACAGGAAAUGCCCUUCGACAUCUUCCUUCUCGGAACCCGAGAUCAAAACGGAGCAAACUGGGAGUGGCGUCACUUCAGGAAUCUGGGGUUUCCAUUCUCUCCCUUGCAUUCCACUUGACACUCAUGCCCCUGGGCCUGAAAAUGGACACUCGCAUGGGAACGGCCCUCAGAUCUGCAUUCCUGACUCUGUCCUGACCCCCCCUGGAGGAGAGGCCCCUCCUAAAGCCUUGUUCACCCCCUCGGUGGAAGCUCUCUCCCCACCGCUCUCCGGUUCUCCUCUCUCCCGGGAGGAAAGACUAUUCCCCGCUCCCUCUACACCCGAUUUCGAACUUCUGCAGAGGUUGGGGUUCGGGGGAGGAGUUAGCGGCCUGGGAGGGAUCAGUCGGGUGGUCCUCCCUUUGCCUCGAUCUAUGGGAGGCCCCACUCCUCACAGCCUGUAUGCCCCCAGCACAAUCCGCUACGCCCCUGCUGAGCUCCACCUGCCCCAGGCUGGGGCCCAUCACCAGCUCCACUCCUUGAACUCCCCAGACCUCCAGGCAGAUCCCAAGCCCCCACCGCUGUUCCCCCACCUCCAGAGGCUCAGUGGAUUGCCUCCUUUCAGUGGCUUCCAUGCCCUGGACACCCCCUUCUCAGCUCUGUCCUUCAUCAACGGGCUGCGUGGUCCUGCCACUGAUAAAGACGAAGACUGACCGUCUUCUGCCAUUGAGACUUCUACUGGGAUUGUAGCCAGGGCAACUGGGGCAAAUCCCCUUGCUCUUCUCCGAAAUAAGGCCAUAUGAUAGGAUAUUGACCAUAAUGUAGGCAAGACCCCCCCCCCCCCCCUCCACUGCCACCACAAAAAUAGAGACCGACUAAACAGCAAAGGCUAAUAAACUGUAUUGAUCACAGACACUGAGAUUGGUGACUGGUCUGCAAUGUAUGCACAUGUUUGUAGUCAUGUGAUCCACUAGAACCAAGUUGUGUGAAACUCUUCAGCAACAAUCAUGGGAAGCAAGCGGUGACUUCACAAAGGUAAUGGUAGCGAAGGCUUUGCAACAAUCAUGCUUUGCAAGCGGGUCUCGAUGAAUCGAGCCUGCAGACAUAUGCAGCGUAUUGUGACAAGCUACAGCUACAGUGGCCACGCCUGCUUCCACUUCAACAGUACAGCAGGGGCAUUGUGGGCCUAACCACUAUUAAGGCCCUUCUGUUUUGGCUAGUCAGUGUCGUUGCCACCAUAAAAGCUCAGUGUCAGCAUAAGCCGUUUUCUUUGGAUCAUUCAAUUCACAGAGACCGAGCAUCACGGCGUCUGUAUUGGCGAUGGAACGACUGUAUAUGGAAAUCAUAGGCCAAAUGAAAAACACAUGACUUUGAAGAGAUUUUAGCCAUAACAUUUUUUUUUUAUGCACAGCCCUAUUGAGAUCCACUGUGGUAGCGGUAGGGGCUUUGAUGGGGUCGUAUUGUACAGAAUAUUUGUGUGAGUACUUGCAGUAUGAAUGUAAAUGCUGAUCAAUUGUACAGUACCGGUACUGUGAAAAAGGGAAAACUGUAGCACUUGUAAAGAACUGUCUGUACCUCCUUGUUAAUUGUAUAAUUAAUUCAAUUAUCACAACAUGUAUAUACAGAACAUUGUGUUUUUAAUUAAAUAUUACUCGACAUAUUGUAGCGAGAUCACAAUUGGACGAGACCUGCUUCUGUUCAUCUCUAAUUAGAGGACUGCUUAGUUUUAGGUAUUUGUACUCAUAUGCAGGUUAAAUGAACCCAUUAAGUAUCAAAUAAUUUUUUCUUUUAAAAGUAACACAAGUUAUGUAAUGUGAUACAUUCAAAUCUAAACGGAAAACGAAACAUGUAAAAUCCUACAAACAGCCGUGCCCUAUUUUGAGGAGUCAAGUUAGACAAAAUUAAGUAAGUUAUCAUAACAAUAUAGUUUAAAGAUAACAUUUUAAUAACUGGUAGAUGCCAGUUAAAAAUGCUCCAAAAAAUUACAAAGUAGCCUGUCUUCAAAUGAGGACAAUGGCACAUAAUGGGUUAAUUUAAUUCACAGUAGUUAUUGUGCAAGCAUAUUCUGAGAUGGAACACAGUAACUUGUUACAAAUAGGGAUUUUGUGUGAAAAUGGUUUUGUUGCGUAGUGCGAUCGGUUUUAUCUUUUUGUAAUUUUUUUUUUUCUUUUAGAACAAAAAUGUUUUUUGUGGAAAUGUUUUUAUCUUAAGAGGAUGAAUUUGUUUGAGGAUUUUUUCGCAACUUCUUCAGCAAGUUCACUGCUCUAUACCCUACAUGCAGUCAAUUAUAGUAGAAAAGGUGCUUGAUUUUAACCAGAUCUAAGCUUGUACUUUGACGUGACUUGCUGAAUUUUUAAAGGGUGUGUCUGUUCCGCCUCUCAGCAUCCUAAAAACAGGUGCAGCUUAUUCAGUAUCUGCUCCAAACUAGAAUACAGAAAUACCCACUAAUCACAGUUAAGCAUUAUCCCCCCUACUUAUCACAACUAUAUGGAAAUGUCUGGUAACACUUUAGUUUAGGCAUCAGUUAUAAGUGAUUAUAAACAACAGCAAAAAAAAAACAAAGCAAAAAAAAAAUGGUAAUCAUAUUGUAUAAUUGUUAAUAGCAUCAUUAAUAACAUGUUUACAGAUUUACUGUCAGAUACCUAAAGUGUUACCAAUAUUCUUUAGUGUUAUUAUUCCAUGUGACAUACAUAUAGGGUUAACCCAAAAUGAAAACCUGAAUAUAAAAAAAAUACCUUGCAAGGUAACAUUACGUAAUGAAUUACAAGUAGUGAAAAAAAAAAGCACAAUGUUCUGUAUCUUUUUAACUGUUUAGUUGGAAAUAAUCCUUUUUUGGAAAUAUUUUCUGCCAGCUAUGAAGUCUGGACCUGUAGAGUAUUCAUUCCCAUCACUGUAGCUUAAUAUAGAAGAAAAGGUAAGAAAAAAUAAAAAUAAAAAAAACAA